AUGCCGGCCCCUUUCCUGGAAGAACAGCUCGGCUCCCGCGCUCCCGGGCUCCCGAGGCCACCGCCCUGCCGCCUGCCCUGCAGCCAGGGAACGGACUCGGGGGCGCCCGCCUCCCCGCGGUGGCCGUGGCAGGUCAGCCUGCACUAUGCCGGCCUGCACGUCUGCGGCGGCUCCGUCCUCAACGAGUACUGGGUGCUGUCGGCCGCGCACUGCUUCGACAGGGACAAGAACAUUCAUGGUUUUGACAUGUAUGUGGGCAUCAUGAACCUGAAGGUGGCUGACAAGCACACAAUGUGGUAUGAAGUGAACCAGGUGAUCAUACACCCUACCUAUGCCAAGUAUCACCCUGUUGGAGGAGAUGUGGCACUGGUGCAGCUGAAGAGCCCGCUUGUGUUUUCUGACUCAGUACUCCCCAUCUGCCUGGCACCCACCAAUGUGAACCUUACCAGUGUUUCUUGCUGGGCCACUGGGUGGGGACUGGCAUCACAAGGCCAAACUGUGGAUGACCUGCAGGAGAUCCAGUUGCCUCUGGUCUCCCAGACUGUGUGCCAGAUACUCUACGGGACAUCUUACAUCAUGUCAGACAUGAUCUGUGCUGGGGACAUCUUCAGGUCCAAGACUGUGUGUGAGGGUGAUUCUGGAGGUCCUCUGGCAUGUGAAUUCAACCAUAUCUGGUUUCAGAUUGGAAUUGUGAGCUGGGGCCGUGGGUGUGCCCUCCCCAUGUUCCCCGGAGUGUAUGCUCGGGUCUCUUACUACUCAGAUUGGAUACGUCAUAUCGUAGAGAUCACACCCCUUCCCAGUCAGCCAGUCCCGGACCUCUGUCCAUCUCUGGGGGCUCCCGUUAGUGUCUCUGUGGCCAUGCUAACUGCAUGCCUGACAGUGUUGUGA